AUAUACGUGGGGUGCACGCACACGCGCUGUCUUGCGUUCAGACUCUUGACCUGCGACGAACGUCUUGGAUCGACGCACGGAACUCCGGCGUUCGCUCGGAGCCUGGUUCAGGCAUGUCAAUACAUGCUGACUCGGCAGAAGCAGCGCCCAGAUUGUGAUGAAGCCUUCGUGACGUUGGCCACCAACGACAGCUACGCCAAGGGGGCCAUGGUCCUGGGCUGCUCGUUACGGGACCACCACACCACCAGGAGCCUUGUGGCCCUCAUCGGACCUCACGUCACGGAGUCCUGCAGGGAGGCGCUGCGCUCCAUCUUCGACGAGGUGCGGCUGGUGGACGUCAUGGACUCCGGCGACGCCGCCCACCUGGCCCUGAUGCGGCGGCCCGACUUGGGCGUGACCUUCACCAAGCUGCACUGCUGGACGCUGACGCACUACGACAAGUGCGUGUUCAUGGACGCCGACACCAUGGCACUCUCCAACAUCGACGAGCUCUUCGAGCGCGAGGAACUUUCGGCCGCGCCGGAUCCCGGUUGGCCGGACUGCUUCAACUCGGGGGUUUUUGUCUUCCGGCCGUCUGUCGAGACGCACGAGAAACUGCUGACCUUCUGCGCUGACAACGGGAGCUUUGACGGUGGCGAUCAGGGCGUCCUCAACAGUUUCUUCGCCACGUGGGCAACAGCCGACAUAUCCAAGCACCUCCCCUUUGUCUACAACCUCAGCAGCAUCGCCAUCUACUCUUAUCUGCCUGCUUUUAGACACUAUGGCCGCGACGCCAAGGUAGUCCACUUCCUGGGCAAGACCAAACCGUGGUGCUACACGUACGACCCCCAGAGCGGCGAGGUGGGCGGCCACCCCGAGGACCCCGACGGCGCCCGGCUGCACCCGGACUACGUGCAGUCUUGGUGGCGGCUGUAUGCCGCGUCGGUGAGGCCUCUGCUGCAGCGGGCCUACGGCGACGCCUCCUUCGGCGGCGGCGGCGGCAUGGAAACGGCCAGUGAUAAUAAGCUCCACGAGGACGAGUGCGGGGAUCAGACUGCGUCGUCCUCAUCCGCCGCAUCUGCCGCCGCCCCGGCAGCCGGCGCCUCCCCCCUGCCCGUCUCCUCAGAGGAGCGAAAGCAGCGCUGGGAGGCGGGCCAGAUCGACUAUUUGGGCGACGACUCCUUCGCCAACAUUGAGCGCAAGCUGGACUCCUUCCUCAAGUAGCAAGUAGCGAUGUGACUGACAAGAGAGCAUGGGGACCUGUAAUGAACCCCUCCACACCUCCACCUUCACCCCAUUCCCUCACCGCCAGCCAAUCACAGAAGAGUAAUUUAGAAGAUUGGCGUCUUCCAACCUCACUAAUUGCACCUUCUCUGUGUGUGUGUGUGUGUGUGUGUGUGUGUGUGUGUGUGUGUGUGUGUGUGCGCGCGCGCGUGUGCCUGAGCGAGUGCUCAUUUCUUAAAAUGGAAAAAUAAACAUUAUGGGUGACUUUA